GAUAAGGCUACCAGGCUCUUUUUCUACUCUACAAUUACAACUACAGACACUCUCAUCAGUGGAAAAGUUUACCUCCGAAACACCGAAAAAUGGCGUCGUCUUCAACUUCCAACGCCAUUUCUUUCUUCUCCUCCUCGAUUUUCCUCACUUCUCCCCAGCAGAACCCUAAAUUCUUCUCAGUCCUGAUACCCAAUUCUCAGAAAACACUUAGGCCCCUCUCUCACUCGCAAACAUUAAAUCGUCAUGCGCCCGGAACGCUGGUAAUCCGUUCGGAGGUUGCAACACUUCCCAUUCUCUCCUUCGAUGGCGAGAAGAUUGGAGAAACCUAUAUCGACCUGAAAACAGCACAACCGGAGACGGCACGGGCCGUCGUUCACCGCGGAGUCGUCACUGAUCUACAGAACAAGCGAAGGGGAACAGCUUCGACCCUGACAAGAGGAGAAGUUCGAGGAGGUGGUAAGAAACCAUACCCACAGAAGAAGACCGGCCGGGCUAGGCGUGGGUCUCAGCGGACUCCUCUCAGGCCUGGCGGAGGUGUUAUUUUUGGUCCGAAGCCGAGAGAUUGGAGCAUCAAGAUCAACCGUAAGGAGAAGCGGUUAGCUAUAUCCACGGCGCUGUCGAGCGCAACGGUGAAUGCGAUUGUUGUGGAGGAUUUCUCCGAUAAAUUUGACAAGCCCAAGACCAAAGAUUUCAUUGCAGCGAUGAAGAGGUGGGGAAUCGAUCCCAAGGAGAAAUCCAUGUUCUUGUUUACAGAGGUGUCGGACAAUGUGAGGUUGUCGAGCCGGAAUAUCGGGACGUUGAAAUUGCUCACACCGAGGACAUUGAACCUGUUCGAUAUAUUGAAUUCGGAUAAGCUGGUAUUUACUCGGGAGGCUGUGGAUUACCUGAACAGGAUGUAUGGACUUGACUACGAAGGAGGAGAAACUGUAGAUGAGAAUGAAGAAGAUUAUGAUGAAGAGGCUGAAGGUAAUGAGGCAGAUGAGAGUUCUGAUGUGGUAGAGCAAUGAUGUAUAGUAUUCUGAAGACCUUUUGGCCCCAACUGUUGUAGAUUCAUAAGGUCCGUAUUGAUACUCAAAGGAGUGCUUGCUUUGCCAAGACAAAAGGCCAUUUUAUGUUUCAUGCUGCAAGUGCACUACAUUGGAUGUUGGUUUUUGUAAUGUUUCUGUGUAUUUUCUUUGUGCCAUUUAAAUCAUUAUAUCCUAGAAAAUUGCAUUUUCUUGUACCAGUUAAUGAUUUUUGUAAUGCUCUUUUUUCUCUACUGGUUUCUGUUUCCUAGUAUGGUAGUAUUGUUUAGCAUGAAAUUUGGCAGUAAAUUACGAAAGUGGGUCAAUUUGGAUUUGAUUAUUUUAACUUUUCAAUGGAGCCCAACUAUUUGUUA